AGUUCUGGUUUCUCUGGCUCCUGCUCUGUCUAAGAGGAAGACAGUAUGAUCAAGCUCCAGGAAACCUUGACCUUCAAGGACGUGGCCAUGGUCUUCUCCAAGGAAGAGCUGGCACUCUUGGACUCUGCCCAGAUAAACCUGUACCAAGACAUGAUGCUGAAGAACUUCAGGAACCUGGUCUCCAUGGAGCAAACAACUGAGGCACAGAGUGGACAAGUAACUUGCCCAGGAUCACCCAGCUUGUCAGAGGAACUAGGAUUUGAACCUCCCAGUCUGACCCUCAGCCCUGUGCUUGUAAUAACCAGGUCUCUGCCUUUCCCCAGGAAAAGGACAAGA